UCUCCAUUCUUCUAACACAAAUGCCGAAAAAUCACUUGGGAAUUUGGUCAUAUCGGCUAGUUAUCGGCCUCUCCAACGUUAGACAUGAUGUCUGCCUUUAACUUUUCUUGCUCGCCGGCCACUAUUUCUCGCUCCCGGAACGAUCAAAGUUUGAUUUUUAUCCAAGCACGUCUUGAUGGCAUUGUUGUAGGACGCAAAACAUGGUACAAGUACAGGCGUUUCAGCACGUGACAGGGCAAUAACUAUAACGGCUCUUGCAUCAAAUGAUUCGAAACCUGAGGACUUCAACCGUCCAGAACAUAUAUUUCCAUUGAAGUACAGGGAGGGUGGUGUUUUGAAAAGAGACUCGCAUACAGAAGCUGCUGUAGAUCUUGCCAUGCUAGCUGGAUCAGAACCUGCUGGUGUUUUAUGUGAGAUUGUUGAUGAUGAUGGUUCUAUGGCUAGAUUGCCAAAGCUUCGUCAGUUUACCCAGAAAGAAAACUUAAAGAUUGUUUCUAUCGCUGAUCUAAUAAGAUAUAGAAGAAAGAGGAAUAGAUUAGUCGAACAUGCAUCUGCUGCUCGUAUACCAACUAUGUGGGGACCCUUCACUGCCUAUUGUUAUAGGUCAAUUUUGGAUGGGAUUGAGCAUAUUGCAAUGGUUAAGGGUGAGAUUGGGGAUGGACUAGAUAUUCUAGUGAGAGUACACUCGGAAUGUCUGACUGGAGACAUAUUUGGAUCCGCCAGAUGUGACUGCGGAAAACAAUUGGAGCUUGCAAUGCAACAGAUCGAAGCUGCUGGAAGGGGCGUUCUGGUUUACCUUCGCGGUCAUGAGGGGAGGGGUAUUGGGUUGGGCCACAAGCUUCGAGCUUACAGUUUGCAAGACGAAGGACAUGACACUAUCGAGGCAAACGAGGAGCUGGGUUUGCCUAUUGACUCAAGGGAGUAUGGGAUUGGUGCUCAGAUACUGAGAGAUCUUGGAGUUCGAACUAUGAAGCUGAUGACAAACAAUCCAGCCAACUACAGUGGGCUCAAAGGAUAUGGUUUGGCCGUCGCUGGCAGAGUUCCCCUUGUAGCUAAAAACAACCUGGAUGUCGGCCAGACAGACACUGGUGAGAGUCUGGCCAGACAGACACUGGUGAUUCAACACUAGAGUAGUGAGCAGAGUUGCAUCGUUAACAUAGACGGUGGAAGAGCAAAACUGUUCACCCCUUCACAUUGAUUUGUCACCUGCUGUUUAACCAUUGCAAUUGGUGAUUAAUUACAUUCAAGUGUUAUUAAUCAAAGACU